UUCGCCUCCACCAAGCUGCCCAAGUUCGACCCCAACGAGGUCAAAAUCGUGUACCUGAGGUGCACCUGUGGUGAAGUCGGUGCUACAUCUGCCCUGGACCCCAGGAUCGGUCCCCUGUCUGUCUCCGAACAAGCCAUUGAGAACCAUUUCGUGCUACUCCAGAGACCAUGGAAAGCUGGGUCAGCAUGGGAGCUUGGGAAAGUUAUCCCACAGCAGAUUCUGUGGCCUGCAUGCCAUGUGUUGCUGAAAGGGAACAGUGUUUUCCAGAGCUGGCUGCUGACUCCUCCCACAUUCAGGGGUCUGUGAUGGCCACCUCAACACCUGAAUCUACAUCCAGUGGCGAAGAUGAGCCCAGGAACUGUGUGGUGUGUGGGGACCAAGCCACAGGCUAUCACUUCCAUGCCCUGACCUGUGAGGGCUGCAAGGGCUUCUUCAGACGAACAGUCAGCAAAAGCACUGGUCUCGUCUGCCCUUUUUCUGGAAGCUGUGAAGUCAGCAAGACCCAGAGGCGGCACUGCCCUGCCUGCAGGCUGCAGAAGUGUCUAGAUGCUGGCAUGAGGAAAGACAUGAUACUGUCAGCAGAAGCCCUGGCAUUGCGGCGAGCCAAGCAGGCCCAGCGGCGGGCCCAGCAAAUGACUCUGCAGCUGAGUAAGGAGCAGAAAAAGAUGGUCCAGACCCUGCUGGAGGCCCACGCUCGCCACGUGGUGACUAUGUUUGACCAGUUUGUUCAGUUCAGGCCCCCUGCUCACCUGUUCAUCCAUCACCAGCACUCGACCGCCAUGGCUCCAGUGCUGCCUCUGCUCACACACUUUGCAGAAAUCAACACUUUCAUGAUGGAGCAAAUUAUCAAGUUCACCAAGGAACUGCCCCUUUUCCGGUCCCUGCCCAUGGAGGACCAAAUCUCCCUUCUCAAGGGAGCAGUGAUAGAAAUGGGUCAGCUUGCACUCAAUACCACUUUCUGUCUCCAAACACAAAACUUCUUCUGUGGGCCUCUUCGCUACACUUUGGAAGAUGGAGUUCAUGCCGGAUUCCAGAGAGACUUUCUGGAGGGAUUUUUUCGCUUCCAUGGGACACUGAGACAACUGCAGCUCCAGGAGCCCGAGUAUGUGCUCAUGGCUGCCAUGGCCCUCUUCUCUCCUGACCGGCCUGGAGUUACCCAGAGGAAAGAGAUCGAUCAGCUGCAAGAGGAGAUGGCACUGACUCUGGACAGCUACAUCAAGGGCAAGCAGCCAAGGCCUCGAAAUCAGUUUCGGUAUGCAAAGCUGCUGGGCCUGUUGGUGGAGCUCCGGAGCAUUCAGAACACAUACUGGCACCAAGUCCAGCGCAUCCAGGGAUUUCUCGCCAUGAUGCCCCUGCUCCAGGAGAUCUGCAGCUGAGGCGGGGCUCGCCUCCUUCCCCAGCCCCCCUGGGCCACACUGGACUGGAAAGGGAAAAUUGUUGGGACAACAUAUUGGGACCAGGAGGAAGAGAGUUCAGUGAUUACAAUGAAAGACAAAAGCAA